AUGUUGGACCCUUUCCAAGACCGCUACGGCAGAGUGAUGGGCGCCCUCAUGUGUAUACCACAGUUCCUGGGAGAUCUCUUCUGGACAGCCGCCAUUCUGUCGGCCCUUGGUUCUACUAUGGCUAUCAUCCUUGACCUUGACGAAACCUUGUCUGUUGUCAUAUCCGCCGUCAUCAGUGUCUCUUACACCUUAGUUGGCGGCCUCUGGUCUGUUGCCUACACAGACAUUGUGCAGCUCAUAUGCUUAAGUGUUGGCUUGGUUGUGGCAGCCCCGUUCAUCAUGACCAACCAAGCUGUGGAAUUACAAAGGAUCCAGGAAACAUGGCUAGGGGAAGUUACUCUGCAACAGACAGGGUACUUCCUGGACCGUUAUGGCCUUCUAAUCCUCGGGGGCACAACAUGGCAGGAGAUGUAUCAGCGUACGUUGGCCUGCCGUACAACAAGACAAGCUGUGGCGUCGUCAGUCGUAGCUGGAGUCAUGUGUCUUCUUCUCAGUAUACCACCUGCUGUCAUUGGGUUCGCGGGAUCUGCGGCAGAUUGGAAUCAGACUGGUUAUAUGGGUGAGAUCCCGCUUACCGUGGAACAGAUGCACUUUAUCCUGCCCAUGGCCUUGCAGUAUCUCUGCCCCAUGACUGUGUCCAUCCUAGGACUGGGCGCGGUCUCAGCAGCCGUCAUGUCAUCCACAGACUCCAGCACGCUCUGCACGGCUUCAGUCUUCACCAAGAACAUCUACAAGAGCAUCGUGAGACAAAACGCCUCGGAUCGGGAGAUGGUGUGGGUCAUGAGAGUGGCCAUCGUUGUUACGGGUGCUCUUGCUGCUGUCAUCGCCAUCGUUGUAAAGAGUGUAUAUGGACUUUUCAUCCUCUGCUCUGAUUUGAUGUACGUCAUUCUCUUCCCGCAGUUCAUCUGCGUUCUCUACAUCAGCAGCUGUAACGCAUAUGGAUCGUUUGUGGGGUUUGUGGUGGCGUUCAUCCUGCGGGCGUGUAGUGGCGCUAAGCUCAUCAACUUCCCUGCCGUCAUACGCUACCCCCUGUACAACAAAACGGAUGGCCAGCUAUUUCCCUUCCGCACGCUGAUUGCUGUAAUCGGAUUCUUCCUCAUAAUAUCGGUGUCAGUAGGAACCAAACUCUUGUUUACUAGGGGAUGGAUAUCAAGGAAAUAUGACAUUUUUGAUUGCUUUGGACACCUCCAGUCUUCAGAUACGGCUAACGAGACAGAGGCUGUUGAAAUGCUAGCCGAAUCUGACCGGCAGAAUGAGCAAAACUAUCGCUUUGACAACAGACCACGACCUCCAGUUUUGUCUGAAGAAAUGUAA